CAAAAUCGGGGUGGUCAUAAAGUGGGCGUUCCCAUAUCGAUGUUGUUGAUGGUGAAGAAGAUUUUCUUCAUAGCGUAGAUCUCCCGAUGUUUCUCCCCACUUUAGAGGACGACAUGCAUACUUUUAAACCAAGUCGGGACAGGCUCUACACCACAAGAUGUUGCGGUUGUUGCCAUGUGAGGACGGGAACAAUCAUUCUUGGGACAUGGUACAUGGUGGUGAACCUGUUAAUGGGCAUCCUUCUAACAGUGGCAGUGACCCACCCGGAGAACGUGCCCACAGUGGACCUGCAGUAUGAGGUCAUCGAGCAUUACUUUGCCUCGGACAGGGUGUCUGAGAAUGCCUGUGUUGGAUUUGCCAUCUCUCUUCUGAUGCUCACCAUCAGUUCCAUGAUGGUGUAUGGAGCCAUUACCCAUCGUGAUGGCUGGCUCAUCCCUUUCUUCUGCUAUCAGCUGUUUGACUUUGUCCUGAGCUGCCUGGUGGCUGUCAGCUCGCUCACAUACCUGCCCCGCAUUAAGGACUACCUGGACCAGCUGCCGGAUUUCCCCUACAAGGACAACCUCCUGUCCCUAGACUCCAGCUGUCUCCUGCUCUUUGUUCUAGUCUUCUUCGCUUUCCUCAUCAUACUGAAAGCUUACCUGAUCAACUGCGUGUGGAACUGCUACAAAUAUAUUAACAACAGGAACAUGCCAGAGAUCGCUGUAUACCCUGCUUUUGAGGCCCCCCCUCAGUACAUCCUGCCCACCUAUGAGAUGGCCAUGAAGAUGCCAGAGAAGGAGCCUCCGCCUCCCUACAUGCCUGCUUAAGCACCCCAGACACACACACACCACCACUUUCUCCACUUAGUGCCCUCCCUCACCCCCCUUAUCACACCCACCAUCUACUGUGUAUGUGGCCAACAACUUGUUUUGACCCUGCCAAUGCUGUUCUAGAGAAAAGGGUAGUUACCCUUCUGUUAUUCAAUCCUAACCUCACAGUCUUGUUGAUAUUGGAGAGGGGCAGAAGAUGUGUAUAUAGUAUUAAAAAAACAAGCUGUUUUAUAUUUUCCUCCAUGUCUUGGUAAAAGGAAAAAAGGGGGGGGGGGUUUGUGAAAGUACCAUCACUUGAAUGCUUAUUGUCAGUUCUUAUAUUGAUAUGAGUAAAACAUAUGAAAAGAACUACACAAUCCACUUCUGAUAACUGUUGAAUCAUGCGUUAAUUAUGUGUUAAGAUUCUAGCUUUAAACAAGUUUGAUGGGGAAGCUUGUAGCACUUUUUCCUUGUCUACCAUUAUUUAGGCCUACUAUGCCAAUAUAUGUCCCAUCAGUCCACCCACUUGUGUGCCAUGUUCAUAUUCUCUCUUUUGUGAUCCUGUGUUGUGUGGCUAAACUAAUGAGUAGUGUUUCAGCAUUGAGGCCUUACACUGCUGGUUAAGAAGAUAGAUGUCACUGAAGUUGCUUCCCAGGAACCUGAAGGGGAACAAGUGUUGUGAACAUUAGUGGAUGCAUGCAACGUUUUCUUCCUUUCUUUACUUUUCAUGUGUUUCGAUCUUUGUGGACAACAAAUGGCUUUAAUAAACAUUUGUACCCAU